GGAAAUGCUUAUACCUGUCUGGCCUGAUCCCCGAGCCACUCACUUCCGAGGAUGACUUCCGAUUACUGGAACAUGGAAUCGGCUUUACCAACAUUGUUGCUCGUACAACAAGGGGCUCGGCAGAUCUUACACGCAAGGAGAUUAAAGAAGGUGGACAGAUAUUAUUGUCAAAAUUGCAGCAGUUCCAGCCAAGAAUUGCAGUCUUCAAUGGUAAAGGCAUUUAUGAAAUCUUUUCUGGGAAAAAGGAGUUCACCUUUGGCAGACAACCAGAAAAGAUUGAGGGAACGCGCACACAUGUAUGGGUGAUGCCCUCGUCCUCGGCUCGAUGUGCUCAGCUACCCAGAGCCCUCGACAAGGUCCCGUUCUAUACUGCUCUGAGGAAGUUCCGCGACUUCAUCAAAGGAACACUAGAUGAGCUGAACGAGGAGGAGAUUACCUUUGUGAACGUGAAAGCAAAGUCUUACAAAAUGGAACAUAGUGAGAAGCAGGAGCAUGGGUGCGAAGGGCAGCCCGGGGAGGUCUGUCCCACGUCUGACCCGCUGAGCUCACCCAUCGAUGGAGACAGCAUGUUGACCAUCAAGGAGGAGCCUGAUGUAUCCACCAAGCUUGAGGGUGAUGUGGAUGAGGACGAGAUUAGUAAAAACAUGCCCAAGACGCUCUUCAACCUGAACGGGAUGACCAGAGAGCAGUUAGACUGUAUGGAUUGUCCCACAAUACCAAUCAGGAAAAAGCGUGGAAGGCCUAAGAAGACCCCGGAUGACCCUAAUGCCCCACCCCGUCCUCGGCCACGUCCGAUGAACAUGGAUCCGCUGCUGUUCAAUGGUGAGGAGCCCAUCAAGAAGAAGAGAGGGAGGCCGAAGAAGGUCCUGGAGGAUGGGACGAUACCCCCUCCCAAGCGGCCAGGUCGGAAGCCGAAGGCGCUCAAGGAAAUGCUUGCCGCUCAACAACAGCAGCAUCCGCAUUUACAGCAGCAUCCCAACACCAGCCACAGCCACAUCCACAACACCAGCAACACCCACAACACCAACAACUAAGUCAGCAGCAACAACUAAGUCAACAGCAACAAUUAAGUCAACAACAACAAUCACUAAGUCAACAACAGCCUCCACAACCAGUGGGGAUGACGCAUAUGAAUGGCAUGAUGUCCCCAACGGGCUUUAGUCCCAACCCAGGUGCUCAGACUUUCUCUCCCCAGUACGGAGGCCACACCCCAGUGCACGGAGGAGGGAGCCUCACCCCCAACCACAAUGCUGGCAAUCAGACCCCAGGUCACACUGCAGCCAUGUUACCAAGAGGGCCUACACCCCAGCAGCAGUUUGGCCAGUCACCUGGCUACUCCCCUGGUCUAGAGCAACACCUUACAGCCAAGCUGACACACCAUCAGAACUCAAGGUGGAAGAGGAACACCAUUUAGGUCUGUCUUCUCCUCCUGGAUCACCACUGAUGGCCCAGCCAGAUUUCGAGCCUCCUAGCAGUAUGCCGGAAGGAGACAUGUCUAUUGGUGCUUCAGACACACAGAGCUCAACAGCCCUGACCCCAGGUCAUCAGGAGGACGGGAAGACGUCUGUACCAUUAAACUCUAGGGACCAGCCUCAGCUCACGCCAACCAUGCCUGGCCAGUUCUCAAACCCUACAACCCCUGUUGACGGUAGUUCUUACCAGAACUACCCUUCUUAUCCUUCCAAUGCAUCACAUUCACCAUCGAUGGUCAAGCCUGCAGUACAUCCUGGACAGUCUCCAACCUUGGUGAAUAAGGGAGAUAUAGCGUCAAAGAGCUUGUCGGGCCUGGAGUCAUUAGUGGACCAGAUACCAAGCUUAAAUGAGCAUGAGACAAGCAGCCAACAUUCUGCUCACUCUAACUCUGCCCCUUGUUCCAACCCAACCACUCCUGGCCCUCCUGCGGGGUCCGCCCCGUUCAGUCCUGGCCAUGUUCCGCCCACCUCCUCUUAUCAGAGCUACCCAGGGGUCAGCAGCUCAGGAGCUUCAGCAUACUCCACCUCUCACUAUGGCUCCCCACAGUCCUCACACCCAUACUCCCCACACUACAGCUCCAACAGUACAAACCUCAGUACAAAUUUCAGUGUGAGCUCACUGGCCAAUAGCAGCAUUAGUACGACUAUGUCUUAUAGCAGUGCUUAUGAUCUGGGGUCACCGCAAGCGUCGACCAGCUCAUUUAGUGUGUCAUCGUUGACGAGCAGUGCCCCUGCCCCCUCACCCUCCAUGUACAGCCAGUCCUAUUCUCCUGCUCCUCCAACUGCUCCUGGGCCACCACCUUCUCACUCAUCAUACCCAGAUAUUAUGAGCCCCUCCAUGUUGGCUCCCACUCCUCCCAUGGGCUCAUCAUUUAUGGGAUCCCCCAGUUUGAUGAGUUCACCCACACCAAUGAGCUCAAGUAUGGGUAGCUCCUCAAUGGGACCCAUGGGUGCUCUACACUCCUCUAUGGGAAUGGCAGGGUCACAGCUACCAUACCCAUAUUCACAAUACAGUGAAGCUGCCCCUGGAUACCCCCCUCCUGGGCACUCCACGUUCCCAUACCCUCCCACAGCUCCUGGGUUCCAUGUUCCCUCCCCCCGCUUCCCCUACCCGUCCCCCUAUGCUAACUCCCCCUAUACUCAAGGCUACUCCCAGAAUGCCGUGCUGGAGCGCAUCAAGCAGACCAGUAUGGGUAUGGGCUUUGGGGGAUUUUAAGGUGCAAGGAUAGUAACAAUAGAAGUACUCUGGUGUAGUGUACUAGCCGUGUAAAGGAAAUAGGUCUCACUGUUUCCCAUGCUCACUGUAUUGUCUCAGUGUCAGUUCCUUGUUUUAGCUUUUUUAUAUAUUUGUUACCCUAGAGCACCUGGUAAGCUCCACUUCCAUCUCCUCACUGUCAAGUGAUAAAGUGAAGGAGGUUGUGGUACUUGAAAGACUUAUUGUAUGUAAACUGUUCUCUGUGUGUGGAGAAGGGAGUGUUUGCUAAAUAUGACAGGGUAAUAAUAAUUGCUAAGCAUUGUGAUGCACUACAGCAGCACUCCUCCCCUCAGUGAACAGUGUCGACUGUUGCAUCACCAUUCCUGCGUUGUGCACCAAUAAUGGCCAGUGAUCUCAUGAGCCGUGUAACAGGCCGACUGACCCAGCCGCUUUGGGGCAGUUAUCAUCAUAACUAACAAACGCUAGGUACCACCUGCUUGGAUGGUCCCAACCACCUGCCAGGAAACGGUAGUCCCACUGCACUAGUAAAUCAGGGGACAAAAAUAAAAUAAAGUCCUUUGUAACAGUGAACCUGGGGACAAAGUCCUCCACAACAGUGAAUUGGGGCUAAAAAGUCCUAUCGAAAGUGAACUAAAAACUGGAAGGUCCUGCCAGAAGUGAACUGAGCUUACCCCACGUGUAAUAUCUUGACAAACUUAUGUCCCAGACAGAAACUUGUGAUGUGGAGAUGUGUGUGUGUGGAAGUGAAAGAGGAAUUACAUUUGGUUUCCGUGAGAUUAAGAAAAAAAUAAUAGGUUUUGGCACCCAGUCCAGGAGGCUUGUGAAGAAGUUUAUGUGUGAGACAGUUCCUUCCAACAGAUAAUGUAAAGUAGCAUUAAGAAGCCAGACCCUUUUGUAUGGAGAGCACAAUACUCUUUUGGUGCAAUAUAGUCAUCAAUCACUCAUGCGCACAGUGUUGACAGAUGUUUUUGAGGAUAUUAACACACUUGUUUAUAUCUACCACCCAUAUUUGCAGUUUAAUGAUUUGUAGUGACAACCUCCCACCUUAAAACAAAAUUAUCACAGACUAUCUAAUACAGUUUGUGAAGCCAUGAAUUUUCUCAAGGGUACUUUCUACUUCACAGUAAGCUCAUGUUAAGAAUCUCAUUAUACUAGUUUCAGUGACCUCUGAUUGCUCAGAUAUACUAUUUGACUGUGUUGAAUUACUUUGAUAUUGACAAAUAAUGUGUAACAUUGUAAAGGCCAUGGCUUUGCAUCUGGCGUCUGUAUCCAAUUAUUGAUUGAUACGUAACUCUUGUAUCCAACUGUUUGAAACCUGGUGUCUGCCCACAAGCAGUAGACAGUCAGGGUUGUGGUGCCCAGCUGUGUUCCAAGCAUCAUAUAGCAGUAGAAAUUGGUUAUGACCCUUGAUAACAAGGUGAACUUCAUUCAUCCAGUGACAAAUGAUUUGCUGUGGACAAAUGUAAAACUUGAUUUCCACAAUGCUCAUAAAUUUUUAUUAGGAGCGCAUAUUAGACAAAAAAGAAGACAAAAAAUGAAUAGUCAAAUGUCUAUUGGGAAAAUAUAUAUGAGAACUAGUGUAACCAAGUUUUGCUAUUUGAUGAAGGUGUAUGUCAGCACAGUCUCAAAGCUGAGUAGAUGUAGGUAGUGUGUCAGGAAGGGAGGAUCUUGGUAGGCCAUCACUUGCAGACUAUGAUUUUUAAAACCAUUUCAAGCCAGAGUUAUGAAGCAAAGCAAUCACUCAUCACUGUGGUAGUCUUUUUUGUGAUAUAUUAGUGAGUCCAGUCUAGUUCAAAAGUGUCAGUGUUUCUCAUCACUCGGAUAGUUUGCAGGAUUUCAAUCCGGAUAUAACAAUACAGUUAGAGCUUAAUAAAUCACCAGUCCAAUACAGUAAUAGUUUCAGCAGGGAUGUGGAUGGUUGUACUGUGAGUAUAUUAUAGAAAGGGUGGGUUAAUGUGAAUAAUUAAUGUUAUUUUGGGGUGGGUUGUUGUGGGUCAUUUUUGGGUGGAAUGGUUGUAAUAAAUGUUGGUUGUAUGUAUGGUCUUUGUUAUCUACAAGAGUAUAUAUUGUUAGAUGUUUCAUUGGUUACAUAAACUAACCAGUUUGUAAGUCUGUACUGUAAUUUUUUUAGGGAAAGCCAGACUAUUGUAUACAUAAUGUAAUGUAUAGAUUUGUUUAUUAUUUUUUCCAUUUUUUAGAGUUAACUUCAGUGAACAAAGGAAUAUUCGUCAUACAAAUACUUUUACAAUAGAGUUUUUAAAGCAUUUUUUGCCAUUUUCAUCUGUAUGUUGUUAAGAGAUUGUAAAUGUUUGCAUCAUUAAGGUUUUUUAAUGUAGCAGUUUACAGACCGUGCUGACAUAAUUUCACAGUUUACCAGGAGUUUACCUGUAGCUCAAUACUGG